AUGGAGCGAGCCGCUCGAGCCGCUCGAGCGGCUCGCUCGCUCGAGCGCCUCAGCGGCUUGAGCGGCUUGGUGGCUCGAGCGCCUAAGCCGCUGAGGCGCUCGAGCGGCUCCAUGCUCGAGCGGCUUAGCGAGCGAGCGGCUCAAAUGGCUCUAGCCGCUCAGCGGCUCAAGCCAUCCAAGCCGCUCGUUGGCUCAAGCGGCUUAGGCGCUCAGAAGCUCGAGCGAGCGCCUCGUUUUGAGCGGCUAAGCGAGCGGCUGGAGGGGUAUACCACGUGGCAAUUUUUUUGUUUGAAAAAUUCGAUACUUCUACAAUUUGUUUUUUUUUGUUCGAAAAAAUUAGAUUUGAGGCAAAUUUUUCAGAAAAUUUCAGGUUUUUAAUGGUCCUAACGUUAAAAUGAGCAAUUUUCAAGAUUUUUUGUGAAAAAUUCUGAAAUUUAACCGGAUUUUCCAACUCACAAAAAAAUCCCGAAAAUUUUACGUUUCACCAUUUUUCUAUUAGAAAAUUGAGAUUACGAAAUUCAGUUUCAUUGUGAAUCAUUUGGCUCUAAAAAAACGUGCAAAUUUUUUUUUUUUAAAUUGGCGGUGUGGGUUUUGAAAAUUUUUGGCGAGGUGAAAACAACCUUUUCGACUGAGAAAUACGACUUUUUUACGGAAAAACAAGCAAAAAUUUGCUUUUUUUGAAGAAAAUCUGAAAUUGGCGAGGUGAAUUGCCGUAUUUUCUCUUGGCGCCGUGCAUAUGCCUCACCCUGGGCGUGGUACGUUCCAAAAUAUCCAGAAAAACAAGUUUAUUUUUUUGAAUUCAAUAAUAUUUAUUUGCACUACAUUUUAAAACGAAUUAUUUUUACCAUGCCAUACCUUUUGUAGUUUCGGUUUUGGUUCACCAGCUUCUUCAUUUUCUACGGCACCAUUGUCUUCCAAUCUGAAAUUCAAUUUCCAGAGUUUAAAAUUUCCUGAGCUCACAUGGGAGGUUCCAGAAUGAACUUUUAAUGAGACUUGGUGCACAAGCCGCUGAUCUCAAUGGGCCACUAUAGCGAGAUCAGCGGGUUCGAAUCUAUAUGUUUACCAAGUCUCAUUGCCGGUUUUGCGCUUUUUGAUAAUUAACUUACUGCGUUGAUGUCGUAACAUUUUGGCAAUUGAAUGAGGAUAUCGAUGGUAAAUCGCUUGAGUGAUUUUUCCAAUGGGGGUCGCUUUGCUGCAAGACUCAAAUUUAUUCCGAUUUUUUCCCGCACAUAGCUCUGUACAAAAUGACACAUGGUGGGGCUACACCAAAAAGACAAAAACUUUUUUGAAUCGGACCAUAGGAAUCGGACCCGAUUUUGAAGGAAUCGGAGAAAGUCAUCUUUUUGGUGCCAAAAGCAAGAAAUUUUCAAAAAGUGGUCCGAUUUUUUGGGUCCGAUUCAGACAUUUUUCCCGAAAAAUCAGACCUGGCCCGAUUCAAAAUUUCUGAAAAAUGUUCAACUCACCAAUUCUCUAAUUGUUCGAUCCAUUGUCGAAUUUUCUUCGUUGUCUUCUUGAGAAUCGUUGAUUGCCAAUGAUGUUGAAAAUUGAUGUUUUCCGAAAUCGAUUUUAAUCGAGAUAUUCUGACCCUCACAAUGAGGAACACAAUACAACACGACAAUGUUUUGCGUCUUUUUGUCGAAUUUCGAAAAAAAAAACGAUUUUCUCCUUCGAUUCAACUGAAAAAAUGUGAUAUUUUUCACAACAUUGAUCAUUAUUUCUUACCUAGACUAAUUGAAAUUUUGGCCGACUCCAAAUUACCACCUUGCACCCAGAACCAGUAUGAUGUGCCACUUUUAAUUGGCGAUAUUGAGCUUCGGUCGGAUGGAUCAUCCCAAGAAGCACAUUUUCGAAGUUUAAAAAAAAUAUAUAAGCAAGAUUGUCAUAUAAACAAGUUUGUACGGUAUGACUUACUCAUUUUUUGGAAAUUUCAGGGGCGCUUUUCAAUCGAAAAAAUCUCGAGAAAUGGCCAAAUAUAUUUCAACUUUUUUUUUGCAAAAAUAGAACACGUGACGACCUGGGUCGUUGAAAAAAUCAAUUACGUGAUCAUUCUUUUACAAUGAAAAAAAAACAAUUUCGAUAAAUUGGACAUUUUUCGGAAAAGUUGUUUUUGGGAGACUUGGGGAACUUUUUUCUGGCCGUUUCCAGAGUGAACUUUUGGAUUGUGUUUUAAAAUACAAGCCCACAGACCUGAAAAAACUGAUGAUUUUAUAUUUUCAGAACUUUUGUAGUUUUCUUGUAGCCCGAGCUUUGUAUCGUUUCUAAACGAUGCUCCGCGAUUACUAUGAGCAUUUUUGAUCAAAAUUCAUAGUUUUUCACGGAGCUUUUGAGAUUUUGGUCAUCUGAAGUGUAAACACGCAGUGUCGUAGUUUCAAUAUUUCAGAUUUCCUACUCUUCAAAUGCGGAAGAUUAUGCCAAAAAUCUCAAUUUUUGCAGAAAGAAGUUGUGAAAAAACUAACGGACGAUCUUCGAAACCGCGAACAAAUCAGUGUUUGGAAAGCGGAAAGAAAACGAGUCGAUACGAAUUCGAAUUCUUCCGAUGAACCACUUUGGAUAAAUUGGACAGAUCGAGAAAAACGAGAAUUGAAAUCGAAAGGAUCGGUUAGUGGAUAUUCGAUUGAUCUCAAAUCACAUUCUCCAUAUUUUUCAACAAUUCAUUCGCGGAAAUUUGUUAUUUUGUCCAAUUAG